ACACUCACACACAGGGAGAGGACGAGCCGGGUACACACACACGCACACACACACACAUACACCUGACCUAACACACACGGACGCACACACUCACGGAGGACAGCAGGUGCCACUGGCAACACGGAGGGGGCCGAAGGGAAGGAAGUCUCAGGUUCUUGGGGACGGCAGGCAGCGUUCGGGGAAAUGUUCUGACAUCGUAUCUGGAGUCUCCUGAGUCACCUGCUUCUAGAGCAAGCCAAGGCAGAGGUCUGAUAAGACACCAGAAGACACCUGCACAGGUCUCUCCUCUCCUGGUGAGUGAGUGCGUUGUGUGGUGUGGGCCGCCUUGAGUUGAGUUGAGAGAUGACGGAGCCGGCCCCAGCCCCCAGCUGGUGGAAGCUGACCUUCCUGCGCAAGAAGAAGUCUGAGCCCAAAGUGCUGUAUGAGAUCUCGCCCGAGUUCGGCACCAACAACACCACUGGCCCCGGUGGCGAGGAGGACGCGCAGGGCAUCGCGGCGGCGGACGAGAGCCAGUUCAACGCUCGGCUAGAGAAGAUCGUGGACAAGUCGGCCACCAAGGGCCGCCACGUCAAGGUGUCCCACUCGGGCCGCUUCAAGGAGAAGAAGAGGAUCCGCUCCACGCUGGCCGAGAACCCGGAACUGUUCCCCGGAACGCCCCAGGCCAGCGACGAGAACCAACAGCGCUCCCAAUAGGGGGUGGGGGCGAGGUGGGGGGGACUGGAGGCUUUAAAGGUACUAGCUGAAGUUUCAAUGGUGUGUGUGGGUGGGUGGGUGUGUGUGCGUGUGCAUGCGUGUUGGGGGGAGUUUGGAUGGUAUUUGAACCAGCAAAAGUACCAGAAGAGAGCUAGGUCGUUACCAGGGGCGGAUCUAGCCAUUUUUGGGCCCUAGGCAAAAUAUAAACAUGGGGCCCUCAAAAAUCAUUCUUUAAACACCUCAUCAAUUGGCAUGGAAGGAGUGAAGGUGCUAUUGUAGCGAUUUGUCUCGUAUAUAUCUUCGAUUACUUUAAAUAAGUGACAAACAUUUUGUGUGGUUACUGUGACUGGUGUGACAGUUUGGGGGCCCCUUUGGAGGGCAGAUUUGGUCGGGGCCCUAGGCAUUUGCCUAUGUUUGCCUAAUGGUAAGUCCGCCUCUGGGUUGUGACGUAUAGUGGGUACUGUAUAUGGGGGUUGGAUGAAAGGAAAGGUUCCAGAUGGUUUCAGCAAUGUCAACCAGCAGCAUGAAGAAGGUUCAGCCUUGAGAACCAUCAGUGGUUCCAAUAGAGGAGGGGUGGGGACUCUGGCUUUCAUCCAAGUCAAAUCUCACGCACAUCCAAGUAGGACUUCGGGUGCAGGUUCAAAAGCGUGCAGUUGAGGUAACGUCACACAAGUAUAAAACGUCACACAGGUAUAAAAUGGAGUAAAUGGGAGCUCAUCGGUGUGCGGUUCUUUUCAUUACCUGGACUCUGGUUUUCAUGUGACUGCGCUGACUGUCACUGUCCUCCUUAUUGUCCUGCCUGUAUUGUAUUGUGUCUGUAUGUCACACAGAGAUAAUGGAAGUGAGGGCAAACAGAAUCAAAUGCUUCUGGGAAAUGGAUAGCUGGACAGGUGCGCUGGUAGUCCAUUGACAUGCUACACAAAUCCAUACAUAGGACACAUAGGUGUAUUUGUGCAAUGUACACACAGACACGGAUACAGACAUACAGACACACAGACACACACACACACACACACACACAUACACACACACAUGAACGCACACACACACACACACACACACACACACACACACACACACACACACACACACACACACACACACACACACACACACACACACACACACACACACACACACACACACACACUGCGUAACAAGGUACAGUAUAGUGGUUAGACUCCAUACAUAAUCAAUGUGCCCCUCGCAGAGGAACUAUCCGGUGUUAUGAGGGCAGGCCUAUACCAACACCACCAGGGGAGCUCAAUAAUUAAUACCCCAAGUCAACACAUGCUUGGAGUGCUUAAAACCCAAUACAAGGUAUGUGUUUUUAGCACACUGUGGCUUUAAUGUCAUCCGUAUUCAACUGUAAUUUGUGCUUUUGUCCAAACUCAAUAGUUUACAUACAUCUAACAUCCACAGUUUCAGCUUGCGUAAUCACCAUGGAGCUCUUGAUCUCUCUACUUGAACGUGAUUGGUUGGAUGGUGUCCAUGGCGCCUUUUACAGUUGAAUCAUUCCGGUGCUCAGAUCAAAGAACAGUAAACAUGCACAUGAGAUUAUGGAGGAAAAUACAGUUGGAGUUUUAUGUUUUAUCAAAGACAAUGAAAGAUUAAAUUCAAGAUUUACGAAUGAAAAGAAUUACAGAUUUAUGUUUGAUCAUCACAUUUCAUUUGUUGUCAGGGAUUUUUUAUGUCAUAGUUUUUCAGACCAUUAGAAUGGCAGUCGUGUAAAGCCCUGCAUUCAUACUCCAGUGUUCUAAUUUCUUAUAUUUGUGUAAAUACAAAAUAAAUGGAAAUAUAACAUUAUGUUCAUUCUGAUUGAGUUUAGCAAGGUAUACCAGUAGUCAUUUGGGCUUGAAAGUUGAAUUUUAAUUGUGAUUAAGUUGCCGUUUUAAAAUGACAUUACCAAAUUGUUUUGUGUGCUAUGUAAAAGUAAACCGUUUUUUAUUCAAAUGUACAUUUGAAUUAAUUUUGUAAAAUAUGAAGGAACUUAAGACUUUUUGAUAUGUUUUAGAAAAUAAACAUAUUUGCUUUAA